GGGAACCACAGAGCCAUCCCCAGAGGUGGACCGGAAACCCAGAGCUCAAAACCACUAGCCAAUUCCGGCUGCAGGGGCCAGAGGGCGGAGCCUCGUGUAGCGAGGCUCCGACGUGCGGUGCGUGCGCUGCUGCUGCCGCUCCCUGCGGGCGAUGCGGGCGACGCGGGCGACUCUGCAGAGCAGGAGAGCGAGGCCUUCGACCUCUUGACGCUUUUGGUCAAGGCCUAGCUAUUGCCACGAGUUUCAUUAGUAUUUUUAAACUCUGAAUUCCUGCUGGCCCGCAAAGCAUCCUUUUGUUUUCAAGAAAGGGGAAAUUCAAGGAGAGUUUUAAAAGACUUUGAAUUCGAGGCCAAGAUGGAGGAAGACGCCCAGGCUCCAGACUGGGACAGUGAUGAAACCGUGAUUGAGGGGUCGGUGGCAGAGAGCGACAAAGAAGACGAGGAGCUGCCCUGGACAAGGUUGCUGUUUGAUCAAGACAAAUCUCUUACAUCUGAGUUUUAUCUUCAGCCUGGUAUAAGUGCUAUGUGCAAAGGCACACCUUCUCCUGAGAUUCAACUUGGAUGCAAACUCAGAGAGGACUCACAAGAACAAAUUAAUAAAAGUAAAAUGAUGCCCAUUCUUAGUGAGGAUUCAGGAUUACAGCAACUUCAAGAUGAAACAGCACAAAAUCAAGGUGUGUUGCAGACUAGAAAAAAUUUUGCAAUGUCCCCUGUGUCAUUUCCUCAGGCUGGAUUUUCAUUGAACCAGCAAAACAUUGGAGGGCCUGAAGCUGAAAAUACUGAAGUUUUGCCAUACCUAGAAAAGGAACUAAGUGAAGACAGAGACUCCCCUGAAAUUAGCCUGCUCUCAAAUAUUGCUACUACAGUAUCUGGUAUGGUUGCUGUAGAAGAGAAAUCAUUAAUAGAGACAGAGAAGAUCUCAGCAGCACCAAAAAAAUCUUACCACCCUGGAAAGGAAGUCACAUUGACCAUGAUUUCUAAAGAAACCAACAAUGAAGAAAGCUCACUUGAAACUUUUGUGUCUGCUUUAGAAAAGUUACUAAGGUCACCAGAAAGCACCCAAGAAAAAAGACUGUUUAAAACAAUGAAUGAUUUUGAUACUGGAGAAUUGAUGAACGCAUUGAGCAAUUCAUCGAGUUCCAUGUCAGUAUCUUUGAGUGCUUUGUCACCAUAUUGUAGAGAUUUACUAGAAAAUGCAGAGGAUGAUGCAUUGCCACCUGAGUUGUUGGCAGCCCUGAACACAUUGUCAGAAGACAAGACAGAGCUCAUCUGUCACAGAAAAAAGGAAGGUGGCAGUCUCAGGGGUAGAAAUGAAUAUUUGGAGCCUGAUUCAUCUCAGACAAAUGAAGAUUGUACGCAAAUAACAGAGACUGUAAAAGACUCAAAUCCAUUUGAAUCUCCAAGUUUGGCUCGUCAAAAUGUCACCUCUUGUGAUCCACUAAACAAUAAGAAUCCAAAUCCCAUGGAUAAUGGUUCUGACCAAGAAACUCCAUGUGUGUUGCGGAGAUCAUCUAGACUGGAAGAACUGAAAAUAAGCCGAGAUGCAGAGUGUACUGAUGACAUGUAUAAGAUGCCAGAAAAGAUUGUACCAAAAAUGCAUAGCUGUGAGGAUCAAAUAAAUAAUAAAUCAAUUGAGAAUUUCAGAAUGCAGGAUCCUGUUUUAAUGAUUGAAGAUAAAAAGAAUAUAUCCAGAUUCAAGGGUAAACAGAUCAGGAAAAAUGAACGACUUAUACUAAAAAAAGAAAAACUGAAGAUUAAUAAAAUGCCUCUCUCUGGUAUAAACCGGAGAAACGUUUUUGGAGAAACCUUGCUGUAUAGGGCUGCUCUAUAUGAUGAUGCUGAUCUUGUUCAAUGUUGUAUUAAAAAAGGUGCAAAUGUUAAUCAGCCAAGUUAUGCCGGUUGGACAGCACUUCAUGAAGCUAGUGUUGGAGGAUUUUAUCGGACAGCAAAUGAACUAUUAAAAGGGGGAGCAGAUGUAAAUAUCAAAGGAAUGUACCAGAUCACUCCCUUACAUGAUGCUGUUGUAAAUGGACAUCAUAAGGUUGCAGAGUUACUUCUUUUGAGUGGAGCUGACCCACUAUUUAGAAGUGACAAUGGAAAGUGUGCUUUGGAUGAGGCCAAAGAUUCACGUAUGAAACGUCUCCUUGAGAAAUAUGUUCCUCAGUGUCAAAAACAUCUUACGUCAGAUCAAAGGAAAAGGAUUGACACAAGAGAUGUAGAGGAUGUACACCAGCACAAGAAAACAAAAUUCAGUCCUAAAAAUCGCACUGGGUUUGUUUGUAAUGAAAAUUCCAACAGGCAGAAGCCAGAACAUGUAGAAGUCAAUAAAAGAAGCAAAGAGGGUUUCUUUAUAAAUGAAGAUAUAUAUGAAUGUUACCCCCAAAAUUCCAAAAUCACAAGAUUUGGUAAAUCCAAGCAUAAGCAAUCAACUCUUUACCAAACAUACGCUACAGGACUCAAAAAGGGCAAUCUCUGUAAUAUCAAAGAUACUAGUACAAAUGUGUCUGAAGGUAAAGGAAGAAAGAACACACAAGAUAAAAGGACUCAAGCAAAUGAUGGAGACUGCACUUCAAGACAGGCAAUAGCUAUCUCUUCUUCCAAGAGAAUAAACACAUUGGUUACUUGUCAGCAGCAUAUUCUCCAAACCCUUGAUGACCUUUCAGAAGAGUCACAUGAGCCCUCCAGCCCAACUCUGUCAAGCCUGAAAGAUGGAUUAGUUAACAGUGUCGCGAUUUGUUCAGUUUCCAAAGAGGCACAUACCCGCCAUCUCGAUUUAUCAGAGGGUCAAGAAAUGCAGUUCUUUGGGUUAGAAUACAUUGGCCAAACUGAAUCUGGUUCUUUCUCUACACCUUCAUUACAUAAAGAAGUCAAGUUACCACUUGUUUCUACAGAUCAGCCUCAUGUUUACCAAGAACAACAGUGUAGUCCUUAUAUAUCUCAUAAGAAUAGUAACUCUGGUAAAAAAGUUAAGACCUUUAAUAAAUGGGAGAAUUCUUUCCUGUCCUUUGUAAAGGAACAUUCCUAUAAUUAUAAUGGUGAUUUCUGUAUCGCCGAGACAGCUAUAACAUCUGAAAUGGUGACAUGUUCUACAGAAUGCAAAAACUACUAUCAAGAAAAUUUAAGAAAUAGAGAAGAAAGGGAUUUUCAACAGCUUUUACCUUCUGAAGACCAUUUUUUACAGGAAAGUGAAUUAAAAGAAAGCAGCCUAACCACAUUUCCGCAACAGGAAGCUGUUAAUAUUUCUAAUUCAGAUAAGGCUGUAAUUUCUGAACAACAUGUUGCCAAUUAUGAACAAUGCAUAUAUGGAACUUCUUUUGACCACUCAUUUGGCAAUCGUGAGCAAACUUCUCUGGCAUGUACAAGAACAGUGUCAACACAUGAAGUGUCAAAGUUGACUAGUCAUGUGGAGAAAUUAAAAAAGCCCCAAGAUAAUAGCCCCAGAGAAUCAACUCCUUUAGUGAAUCAAAUAGAUACACAUAUUAUGGAAAAAGUGUAUGUGGAACUGAAAGAAGAAACUGAAAGGAAUUCCAGUGACAAAGGCCAAAAACCGAGGCUUUUCCCCACUGUUGUUCAUUCUCAAAAAAUAGAAAUAAUUAAUGUUGAAAAAAAUAAUGAAUACCUUCCAGAGAAUGAGCUGAUACCUAAUAAAAAUUUUUGUUCUACUAAGAAUAUGAAUAAAGAAUUGACUAACAUCUCAGAAUUUAAUCAGCAAGAGAAGGAAAUUUCUCACAAACCAGAUGAAGAAUUGCCUAAUAUUAUCAUUGAAGAUGAAAACAUUGUAAGAAAUUGUGAGGAAAAAAAAGAAAAAAUUGAUUCAGAAAUUUACAUACCUACUAAUACCCAAGAAUACAGAAAAGAUCAGAAUUUCGGAAAAAGACAAAGUUUCUCAAAAGCUACUUGUAACCAAGACUCAGUUUUGCUUGGCAAAUUUGCUGAAAUGAAGACAACUGGGAUCAGUAAGAGGAAUGCCAGAGGGGAAAGCCAGCUUCAUUCAGCUGCCAGAAGAGGAGAUUUGUCCCUAGUUCAAAUUCUGAUAGAAUCUGGAGCAGAUGUGAAUCUGAAAGACAAUGCAGGUUGGACACCACUUCAUGAGGCAUCUAAUGAGGGAUUUAGUGAUAUAAUUGUAGAAUUAUUAAAAGCUGGUGCUAAUGUUAAUUGUGAAAGUAUACAUGGAAUUCUGCCCUUACAUAAGGCUGUUGCAAGCAAUCAUUUAAAGGCAGCUGAGAUACUACUACAACAUGGAGCAAACCCUAAUCAAGAAGAUCAAACACAGAAGACUGCUUUGGAUGAAGCAGAUAAUGAAAAAAUGAAAGAGUUGCUAAAAUCUUAUGGUGCUAUUGAGACCAAUAAUAGAGAUGAGAGUAAUGCUGCAGUCACUGUAAAAAGUCCUACUGUUUGGUCAAAAAGAUACAAACAGUGUUUGGGUGUUGAGGACGAAACUGUUGAUCCACCUACUCCUUCACACCAAGAAGAAAGAAGAGAAAACUUUCCCGUGCAUCAGACCAUCAGUGCUAUUUUACAAGAUAUAGAGGAAAACCAAGAAACAUUAUUAGAGUUUGAAAUAAGAAACUCUAAGGAUGCAGAGCAAUACAUUAAAAGGAUGUUGGAGAUAAAAGAGAUUAUGGAUAAUGUACUUUCCAAACAGAAAGCAGAAAGGGAUGAUUUGGCUAAAAAAUACAGGGUGUCCGUAGAGUCAUUUAAGCAUGGAGUUCUGAGAGAACAACUGGCCAAUUUGGCCACAAGACAGAAGAAACUUCUGGUGGCAGCAAAAAAACAGAAAAAUAUAAGCCUGAAAAUUCAAAAUUAUAAGAAUGUCACAUCCUUGUCUGGUCUUCCUUCAAGAAAGUUAUCAUCCAGCUUAGACAUCUCCAGUGACAAGGAGAGCCAAGAGCUUACCAGGCUGGAAAAUGUAGUGCAGCCCCAAUUAAGUCCAUUUUCUGCUGUCAACCUUGAUUGUGGAAGCGUGGGAGAAACUCCAUUGUCUCCAGAGACUUGGAAUGAUGGCCAAAAUACUAACAUUUGUCUAAAUUCCAAAAAAUUUUCUAGAAGUGAGAUGAAUUUGAAACAAAAUGAAAGUGAUUGUACUUUGGAUGGUUUUUCAAACUCCAUACAUUCAGAUACCACUGAGAAGAUUAAAUUAUCAUCCCAACAGGCUACUUUUAUUGCUCAAACAGAACACUCACAAAAAGAAAAUGAUCUUAUAGAAAUGAUAGCCAAAGAUCAUGAAUUCUGUAGUCCUUCUGCCACAACAAGCUCGUUAAAUAUUUCUGAAUGCACAAGUAGCCUUUCCCAAAAUGAUCCCUAUUUAUCAACUGUUAUUUCAGAUCAAGACCUUUACCAUUGUGAUCCCAAAAGAAGAAACAAGAAAACAGCUUCCCAGCUGCCACCUGGUGGGGUCUCAGAAUCUGUGGCACAUCAGAGGAGUGCUGUCUUAGGUACUUAUACUGGACAUGCCCUAAAACCUUGUCUUAAAAAGGCAGCUUCUGCUAUUCCACGUGCAAACGACAGGCAGAUCUCUUCUUCCUUUGAGUCUAGUCAUCAACAUACUAUAAAAAAUCCUUCAAGUUUCAGCACAACUCCUAAAAAGAAAUGUAUGGAGAUAAAAGACUUGAUGUUACUAGGAAGAAUUAACCCAGGAAAUAACAUUUUGGAGUUCAGAACACAGGAGACUACCCACAAGGCCAGUAUUUUAAUGAGUGGUAAAAUUAAGGUAGAAAAUGGUCAGAUUUAUCAAAACCCAGUCACCUGGCUCAAGGAUCUUCUGGGAGGUGACAGUUACGUGACCUGGAAUUAUGCUUGGAGUAAGGUAACAUAUCUGGGGAAGGAGCUUUUAAAGUAUGUUUCUGAGGAAGUAUCUGUACCUCCAGAGCUAGACGUAGUACCUCAGCUACAUCAACCUUGUCUUCCAGGUACUUCCAGCAAGUCAAUGCAGAACAUUCCGUAUUAUUUACAAAUCAAUGAAAUACUUUUAACCAGCGAUCAAGAAUUUCUCCCAUGCCACUUAAUGGAUCAACAUUGGAAGUUUUAUGUGGAAUGUGAGGAACUAACUUUCUAAAGAAGCCUUGUUUUCUUAACAAUUUUUUAGAUAUUUGUUCAUGUUAUCAACAAACCUUCAUCUUUCAUCUUGUGUGGACUUGUUUAACAUACACUUUAUAUGUUGCAACUUAAGAUGUGUAUUUACUGUUACAAGAAAAGUACAACUCCAAAUGUUAUUUGCCAUUGAAAUAAAGGCAUU